AUGGCCAAUUUAAAAUUGGCCAAGAAGAGGGAGCGCAAAAAAAGUGUUGGGCAAGAGCAUGAAUUUUAUAGCAUAGAUGAUCUUUCAUCUGAUGAUGAAUGGAUUGUGAAAAACGAGGGAAGUCCAUCCAACAUUGAAGAUAUAGAUGAUUUGGAUAUUCCUGAAUUUAACUUAGAUGCUACAGAUGAAGAUGCUUUGAUGGUACCUGGAGAUGAUGGUGGUUCUGAACUUGGUGGGGAAAGUGGAGAAGACAUCAUGCAACAUUGUUUUGGUGAUGAAGAUGAAGAUGAAGAUGAUGAUGAAGGAAAUAAUGAAGAUGGUGAUGAAGAUGAUGGGACGGAGGAUGAUUAUGACAUUCCUUCAUUCCAUCUCAAUUGA